GCAUUAAGAACCGUUACGAGAAAAUCACUAAGUGUCUUUUGAGGCGCAAGAAGGUGCAUCAAUCUAAUUCUGUUCAAUUAUUUAAUUAAAAAGAGAAAUAAAAUAAACUUUGCCGCAUUUGUUUACAUAAUUUCGGCGAGAGACUGUGAUUAGUAAAUAUCAAAAGUGAUUAGCAAUAACACGCAAAAAAAACCAGCAAAACGCCGGCAACUCAAGCCAAAAAUAUCGGCAUUAGCGCAAAUCCGAAAGUGUUUAACAAGUGAUCUGUAUUGAAAAGUGUGUUAAAUGGAAAUUUAAAUAAAAAAUCACAGUACAACAAACAUUCUCCGGAUUUGUGUGGAUGUAUGAGCCGUCAAGAAACAUCAAAAGUCUCAAGUGCCAAAUUUUCGCAUGACUCGACAAUUUCUUGAUUUAUACACGCAUAUGCAUAUGUGAGGGUGUUUGUAUGUAGAAACAUACAAAUUUAUUUAUUUAUUUACAUUCACUACAUUUUGUUGUAGCAAAGUAUGCAUAACUUAUUUUAAGGCAAACAUUUUCCUCAGCAUCAGUGUGUGGGACAAUCUGACGCACCAAAAGCUGUGUUAAUGUGUCGUUUAAUUGGCCUCCACCCCGCCACCGUUUUCGCAGCAAAAGCUUAGUGACAUGCGCGAGCGAGCCCCUACGCGCGCCACCAGGAAUCGGAUAUAAAAAGCCGGCAAAGUGCUCAGUCUCAUCACAGUCGCUGGGCAAACAGUUGCAGGCAAGAGUUUCAUACAAAUUUUCGGUGUUUUUCCUUGAAAACAAAAAAAGUUUCAGUAAAUAUGAGUUUGGCGGGUAAAAAUGUUGUGUUCGUUGGUGGCUUGGGCUUCAUCGGUUAUGAAGCUUGCAAAGUGUUGAUGACCAGAGAUUUGGCGUCCUUCUUCGUUUUCGAUGUGUUGGACAAACCCGAAGCUGUGAAGGCCUUGCAGGAAAUCAAUCCCAAGACCAAAGUGUACUACACCAAAUUCGAUAUCACCAGCAAGGAUAGCAUUAAGCAAUCCCUAGCCGAUGUCAUCUCCAAAGCAGGACAUAUCGAUGCUUUGGUCAAUGGCGCCGGUAUUCUGACCGAUCCCAAUGUUGAGUUGACUAUGAACAUCAACUUGAUUGGUCUCAUCAAUACCACACUCGAGGCUAUUCCACUCAUGGACAAGAGUAAGAAGGGACGUGGUGGUGUGAUUGUCAACAUUGCUUCCGUAUUGGGUCUGGAACCCUGUCCACCUGCAGCUGUCUACUGUGGUUCGAAGUUCGGUGUUAUGGGCUUCUCACGUUCACUUGGGGAUCCCCAUUAUUAUGAACACACCGGCAUUGCUGUAGUUACAUUCUGUCCCGGUUUGACUGAGACCCCAUUGAAGAACAACAUUGGCAGCAAAUAUACUUUUGAAUAUUCCAAGGAGAUUGGUGAGAAACUGAACUCAUCUAAGACUCAGAAACCCGAAGUCUGUGGCGCUCACUUGGCUCAAGUUGUCGAGUUGAUGGACAAUGGUGCCAUCUAUAUCAGCAACCAAGGCACAUUGACCAAAGUGAAGCCAAGCGUCUAUUGGGAACCAACUUUUUAGAGACUUUAUAUAUUAGUUAUAAUUAAUGCGCUUUUUACUACAAAAAUUAGUUAGAAAGAAAAUGUGUUAUAGAAUUUUAGUUGUAUUUAUUUUAGAGAAACCAUUGAAAUAUAAUAA